GCUCGCUCUUCUCACUAGACAGCUAGCCCCAGCUACUUGCCUGCUGAAAGCGCAGCGGCUAGGAAAAAAGGCAACCUGGAAUUUAUAGAGCAAAGAUUGUAAUCUGGCAAUGCGGAAAUAGAUGGACGUUUCAAGUCAACGAGCUGGCAUCCCACUUCUGGACUGAAGACGUGAGAGUUCGUAUCAGAGAAAAGAGGAUUGCACAUCACUUAUACCAUAAAACUACUCUUUUUCUAUAGCUUUUCAGCGGACUUCUGCAUGUUUGGUUUCACUGGCAGAAAGAGCAAUACUUUCUGGCGCACGACAGCCACGGACGGAUCAGAAGAAUAAUUUUUGUUAACCCCUUGUCAAACUAAAGUGGGUUGUGCGUUCCCUUGGAUUCAGACUAAACUGUCUUCAGGCGCGCAUCAUCAUGGACGUGUUGGCGAAUUACAGUAUUUUUCAGGAACUCCAACUCGUGCAUGACACAGGCUAUUUCUCUGCGAUGCCUUCGCUGGAGGAGAACUGGCAGCAGACGUGUCUAGAGCUGGAACGGUACCUGCAGACAGAACCCAAACGUCUGUCCGAGUUGUUCGACGAGGAGCUUGACUGCCUCCUCACCCCGGCCUUCAUGCACGGCACGGCUGGCGACAGCGACGAAGACCUGAUGGACCCUCUCCUGCCCGGCCUGUCCGACCAGCCCAGCCCCCCGCCCCUCCUCGUCUCCCUCCCCAAGGUGCCCAGAGUCCUCCAGGCCUCCCACCCCAACACCAGCAAGACCCCGGAGGCGGGGACCCAGGCGAAAGACGCCACGGCCACCAGCGGAGUCAACGCCGCCCAGCUGAGCGCCGCCGUCACUUCCCUCACGCCGCCCUCCUCGCCGGAGCUGGGCCGCCACCUGGUCAAGCCCAUGCAGACGCUGACCGCCACGGCCGACGGCACGCUCACACUCAAACUAGUUCCCAAGAAGGUGGGACUGGGGGCCGCCAAGCUGGUGGCCACGCGCUCUCUGCCGUCCCCGCCCGGCCGUGGCGGGGCGCUGAGCGACAGCGAGCAGGGAGGGGGAGGCUCUCUGGGGCUGGGGGGGGACGUCCCAGAAAACAAGAAGAGGGUGCACCGCUGCCAGUUCAACGGCUGCAGGAAGGUUUACACCAAGAGCUCCCACUUGAAGGCACAUCAGAGGACCCACACGGGUGAGAAGCCCUACAAGUGUUCCUGGGAGGGUUGUGAGUGGCGUUUCGCCCGGAGUGACGAACUGACAAGGCACUACCGCAAACACACCGGGGCAAAGCCCUUCAAGUGUAACCACUGCGACAGGUGUUUCUCCAGGUCAGACCACUUGGCCCUGCACAUGAAGAGACACAUCUAAGGGGAGAGUCAGGAGAGAGAGAGGGAGAGAAGAAGAGAAGGAGAGAUAGGAGAGAAGUGAGGCAGGACAUGUCGAACCACACACCAGCUCCGCCUCAGCCCGUCCAGAGACCACCCUUGCCAAGACCUGACACCAGGGGAGCAAAGCAUUGUGGGGGAUCACACCCUGGAACAACUGGCAACAACGGAUGGUCGGUGAGGAGAAGAGGAGAGGGGCUAGUUGUUGUUUUCUUUAGAUUCACACUUCCAUAUUCCACAACUUUCUACAGUCUACACAACACUCUUUCGCUUGGUAAGCCCUACCUUGGGCUAUGGACUCAGACACUGCCAAACCGAAACUCUGGUCCGAAAGGACUCAUUUUCACCUGUUUCUUUACUGUACAUUCAAUAGGAGUGGAGAAAAGAUCAUAAGGCCCUAUAAUGACUGUGCUCAACUCUCACAUAACAAUCAUGAGUGACUAGCAGAAACAGCGAGUGGGUUUUAAAACAAAUUUUCUUCUUUUCAGUCCAUUCAACCGUUUUCUUCUCAAUUUUACCGUUUGUUUUUUGCAACAUGUAAAAAAAAAACACAAUACUGCAGCUAUACAGGAAUCUCAGCAAACUACUCUGUGUGAAGUCAACAACCAAGCCAAAACCGCACGAGAGGACGAUGAUGGCGAAGUUGGGGGUGGUGAUGAUUAUGUUAAGGAUGAAGAUGGAACUAUCGAGGCCAACAGCAGAGCCCCCACUUGGAGUGAGCCUGGGUCAUGUGAUUCCUGGAGUGAGCCUGGGGUCAUGUGACUCCUGGAGUGAGCCUGGGGUCAUGUGACUUGGGUGCUGUGACCCCUGUCUUUCCAGGCUCUCCUCUGGGGGGCGCUCUUCUGUCUCACCUUCACGCCUGCCACCUCACAGGCAAACUAACAAAUGCGCAGCGACACUUUCUUGCCUUUGUGUUUUUUUUUAAGACAUUUAUUGUUAUAAUUAUCAAAAAUGAUGGUUUGUUUUUUUCUCUUUGGCUGAAAUGUCUUAAAAUUCACUGAAUGAUGAUAGAAACAAAAAAACAAAAACAAAAAAACUACAAAAAAAACAUUUGGACUACUUCAUGAGGCAGAAUGUGUUGAUCUGGAAACGGGAGACCACAGAACAGACUUUCUCUCCUGUAGAGCAGCACAGACUGGACUUAGUAGCAGCUAUCUCACACUGACGGCAAAGGAGACAGAGGAACGAGGAGAAGUCACACAAACUCUGAAAAGCGCAGGAUUUAUAUUGUUGGACUAAAUUGAAAGAGGAGGCCGUCUGGUUUUCAUUCAGAUUUCCUCCCAUGCUCUCAGCCUGAAAACAAGACCUUGGCUUGACCCCAUCGUGGCAUCGCUACUCAGCCAAGGAGGCCAGGAGAACUGGAACAUAUUCUGCAGCUUUGUGCUGGUUCUGGAACUUUCCACCAUGGAACCUGUGCAGGGGAGGGGCAUGCUUACAGCCACAUCUCCUGCUGUGGGGACUGGGGAACUGGUUGGCUGGACAUGAGUCUGGGACUAAAGACAGCCAACCCCAGUCAGAGACAGAAAGAACAUGUCAUGUCUGCUACAUCAGCCUAGAGGAACCUGCCUGUUUCUUAUUCAUUGUCUGCACUGACUUUUUCAAUGUUAUCUCGACUUUUUUUCAUACAGUUAAAAAAAUCAGAAAAAAAGAAUACAAAGGAAAAAAAAACGUCAUAAAAAUACAAAAAGAAAAUUCACAAAAAUAAUUCUGUUUCUCUAUGACAUACAUAGAGCCGGUGCACACAAACUAACACACACACACAUACACAACAGUUUUUUUAUUUACUCAUUGCUCCUCUUUCAAGAUAAGACCUGUAAAACAUACAAAAAUAAUUAUAUUGUUAAUAUACAGUUGAAAAACAAAACACUGCAUGGCAGCCUUUUUGUCACUCUCACACACUCAGAUAACACACACACACACACAGCUUCCUGGAAUUAUUUGUUCUGCUCCAAAUUCUCUCACAGUAGGAUUUUAGCAACUGUUGUUUUGUACAAAAAGAUCUGCUGGAGGGUUGUGGCUUUGAAGUGAGAAACAAGCUCAUUCUCAUGUUCAAACAAUCGCCAUAGUUGGGCCUAGGCCUCUGUAUGUUAACAAUCAGCUUCUAAAAGCUUGGGACCAGAUUUUGCUUCUGCCCCAGGUAUGUGAAUUCCUACAUGGCCUUGCAAUCAGGGCAUUAUCCCCUCUAUGCCAGACUCCUUUCACCUACUGCAUAUACACUCCAAGGGCCCCUUACUGGCAUCCUAUGCUGGCUGCUGUAUAAGA